UCUCUCUCUCUCUCUCUCUCUCUCUCUCUCUCUUUAUCUUCUCAUGCAACUAACAUCUCUCCAACUACCAUGGCUUCCAUCUCCACUUCAAUCUCCCCAAUAGCCCAAAACCAAAAUCGAUUCGAUCUCAAUUCCAUUCGGGUUCUAGUACUUUCAGUCGACCGCCACAUCCUUCAAUUCCUCGAAGAUUCCGAGACCCAAAAACGUCUCCAAUUGAAUUGCAAUUCCAAGCUCAAGAUUCAGAAACAGGAGUUCUUCGAAUUCUCCGAGCAAGCAGUCCUGUCGAAUCUUUACUGGGGCAUCGAGAAUGUGGAAUCCGCAAUUCGGGCUGUGACCCAAGAAGACAGAGCUACAUAUCUGAAGAAUGCAGAGAAAAUGCUUCAAAUCCCUGCUCUGCUAGAAGAAUACGGAAGCACGGGUGGGAUUUCAAACAGGUACUUGGUUUGCUGUGCAUAUUUCUACCUCUCGUUGAUUUGGAAGCUUGAAGGGGAUGAAUGGCAAAUGACGCUGCACUUUCUGCAGGCGGUGUUGGUUUCGCCGCGCCAUGUUCGGAGAGAAUUUGCACCUGAGCUUUGGGAAUUUCUCUUUCUUAAUCGGAUUGUGGGCGGAAAUGAGGAAAUGGGUGGUCAGGGAGGAAUUCACUCAAAGUCUGUUGUGGGAUUUCGAGAGGAUGCGAUCGAUGAUUUGACGAAGCAGAUGGCGAGGAGAUACAAGGAUUGGAUGAUGUAUUAUCGGGUGGUUUUGUAUGGAGAGACUCCUCAAUGGUUGCAGCGAUGUGCAGAUGCUUGUACCCAUGAAUUAGAAUCAUCUGAUUCUUGGUACAAGAAUCCAGCAAGCUCUAAACAUUCAGACUCAGAUGAACAAGUAACCACCUGGCCGAUUUUCCAUGAUGCUGGCAUGAUUCCUCGUCUGGAUCUUCAAGAAAACACCAAUGAAGAAGAUCGACUAGUUGUCACAGAGAAAAAGAAAGCUUUUCUCAUGGUGGAUGGAAAAUGUCAUGAUGCAGAAUCAGAUGAAAUGUACCAUUCAGACACGAUCGGAGAGCGUAAGAUUAUCAAAUGCCUCCAGGAUAUGCUGAAGGAGUCUCAAUCAGAUACAUCGAUUUCCAUUCAUUCAUGCAUCAAUUCUGCAGAAGGAAGUGAUUUUGAGGAGAAGAUUCAUGACAAUGACAUGUUAGAGAAGAUUCGGACGAUGGAUGCAAACCUUCUUGCAUCUGAAAUUGGUAGCAGGAAACUGCUCGGUCAUGGAUCAAUCUCAUUGCUGGAGUGUGUAGAAAUGUCUCCACCUGAAGCUCCCAGAUUCCCAGUGCAUGAAGAAUCCUAUGAUUUGAACACCAGCUAUUUCUUUUCUAGCAGAUCACAUGGUUCUGAGAAUGAUAUAAAUCUAUCUUUCAUGGAUCCAAGUGAUACAGAUUUAGCUUCCUUCCAUAGUUGCUGCAUAGAUGAUGGGGCCAUGCAUCAAAGAUCACCAUCCAAUAGUUCCAGAUCUUUCGACUAUAGAUUGUCUAAAUUGGGUGGUCAGCGAAAAUCUGCGAGGGAAAAGGCAGAGUUUUCAAAUAGUGAAAAGAACCCAAGUGAAGUAAGUUUGUAUCAUGGAAAUGACGAUCAUAUGGAAAUGCUGGGAAGAUUUGAGAAAGCAAUUUCGAACCUGUGCUUCUCGGAAGGGCUUAGAAAAUGUGAAGAUGCGGGAUUAGAAGUUUCGAUCGUGAGGGAAAUAGUAAACAGUAAAACGGGAAUGAAAUAUGGUUUGUUAAAAGAGGUGAUCCUUUCCCAAUUGCUCGAUGUUAUUUCGACUUCGAAAGAAGACAAAAUCGUAAGGGCAUUGAUUGCUAUACUCUUGGUUCUAAUAUCGGAAAACCAUUCUAUCAUCGAAGACAUCAAGAGAAAGAAUUCAUACUUGUGUGAUUUGGGCAAUGCUCUAAAGCGAAAUGUUCAUGAGGCUGCUGUUCUUAUCUACUUGCUAAAUCCAUCACCUACGGAAAUAAAAGAUUUAGAACUUCUAUCGUUGCUGGUGGAGGCUGCGUGCAAUUCAAACAGCUACGUGGGGCCCAUAUCACUUCCACUGACACCUACUGCAGCAUCGAUAAUGAUGAUCGAAGCGUUGGUAACUAAGCUUGAUUAUGCAACGAGCAACAUGCAUUUGGAAGUGAUUAGUUCUCCUCAGGUUCUUUCCAGACUCGUGAAUGUUGCAAGACACAAGAAUUUGGAAGAAGGCGCUUCUUUGGCAGGUAUUCUCAUCAGCUGCAUGAGGUUCGAUGCGAAAUGUAGGAAUUAUCUGGCUCAAGUUGCUCCUGUAGCUACAUUUCUCCAUCUCCUAAGAAGCAACAAGAGGCACGCCAAGUUCGCCGCUCUUGAAUUUUUUCAUGAAAUCCUUCGCAUCCCACGGUCAUCGGCUACUAGUCUAUUGCAUCAGAUACGACGAGUGGGGAAUAUCAACAUCAUGCACACAUUGAUGGCCUGCAUCCAACAAGCCCAAAUGAUGCACCAACUAUUCGCAGCAAAUCUCUUGCUUCAACUAGACAUGAUGGAAGAUUCCUUUGGCAAGAGUAUAUUCAGAGAAGAGGCCAUAGAGGCCCUCCUAGAGUCAGUUGCAUCUGAAGAAAGUCCUGAUACACAGGCAUUAUCUGCUUUUAUUCUUUCAAAUCUUGGAGGGACUUAUGCUUGGACAGGAGAAUCAUACACAGUGGCAUGGCUACUCAAGAAAACAGGUCUAACGUCCAUGUAUCAUAAGAACAUGAUCAGAAACAUUGAUUGGUCAGAUCAAUGCCUAAAGGAUGCUGGAAUAGAUCCAUGCUGUAGCAAGGUUGCAAGAAGCAUUAUUAAAAUAGGGAAUCCGGUCUUCCACACAUUGGAGAAGGGACUCAGAAGCAAUACAAGGAGUGUUUCACGGGAUUGUCUCAUAGCAAUUUCCUGGCUUGGAUGUGAAGUUGCCAUAAUGGAUCCAAGUUGUCUUGGAUAUUCGGUCCGCGAGACCUUGUUGAAUGGAAUAGUGCAUUUUCUGCAUCCGGGAUCGGAUCUGGAAGAAAAACUUCUGGCAUGUCUAUGUGUGUACAAGUAUGCUUCUGGUAAAGGCAUGCAAAGCCUCAUGAAUGUCUCAGAGGCAGUACGGGAAUCACUUAGACGCCUUUCCGGCAUCACCUGGAUGGCCGAUGAAUUACUGAAAGUAGCAGAUUAUUUCCUUCCCACGGAAUCGCAUGUGUCUUGUGUCCAUACACAAAUACUGGAGGUGGGCCACAAUGGGAUCGGAGCCACAAAUGCUCUCAUAUUCUACAAAGGACAGCUUUACAGUGGACACUCAGAUGGCUCAAUCAAGGUGUGGGACAUCAAAGGGCAAACGACGAAGCUCGUAUGGGAGUUUAAGGAGCAUAAAAAGGCGGUGACAUGCUUCGCCCUCUAUGAGCCAGGAGAUGCCCUUUUAAGUGGUUCUGCAGAUAAAACUAUCAAGGUUUGGAAGACAGCAAAGAGGAAAUUGAAGUGCGUCGAAGUGAUAGAAAUGAAGGAACCAAUUCAAAGAAUAGAUACAUAUGGCCAAACAAUCUUCGCCAUUAUGCCGAGCCAGGGUCUAAAGGCAUGUGAUGCAUCAAGAGCCGUCCGAGUUAUUUGUAGGAGUAAACAUGUGAAUUGCAUGGCUGUGGCUCAGGGUAAGAUUUACCUUGGCUGCACAGAUUCAAGCAUACAGGAGGUAGAUGCAACAACCGAUCAGACACGAGAGAUCAAAGGGCCCACAAAGGGCUGGUGGAUGCAAAAAAGGCCCAUCAAUUCGAUUCUCCUGUACAAAGAUUGGUUGUACAGUGCAACUGACAUGGUUGAGGGGUCACGUAUCAAGGAAUGGAGAAGGCACGGCGGGGCCCAAGUCUCAACCGCAACGGCCAAACAAAAAAAUGUGUUGGCAUUGUCAGUUUCAGAGGACUUCAUGUACUUGAAUUGCAGCUCAUCACCAAGCAUUGUUCAGAUAUGGUUGAGAGGAAAGCAUCAGAAAGUGGGAAGAUUAUCAGCAGGCAGCAGGAUAACAAGUCUACUCACCGCAAACGACAUUGUUUUAUGUGGGACUGAGACUGGAUUGAUCAAGGGAUGGCUCCCUUUCUAGCAGGAAACUGAAGGAGAAAACAUGGGCAACUACUAUAUCAGAAGUAGUUGCUAGUUGCUAAAACUGUAAAAUUGUACAAAAGAAAGAAUAUCAAUGAAUUCAAGUCAUUGAUCAGCAAAGCUGGGGGAAAGAGAAUUUUGAGGUUCGACAUUCGAAUAAUGUUUUUUUUUUUUUUUUCCAUGCAGUCUAGUUGUUGUUAAUAUGCACUACCCUUUUAGCUCAUGGUGUGUGGUGGGAGAUUUUAAUCCCACCCACCACUCCAGAUUGAUCCGGAGUUGGUGUCUCUACUUACUGAUAAUGAGGUCCAAGGAGAAGAUCUUUGAGAUGAUAUUUGAUGUCAUGAAAAAGUGUUGGCCGUCGCCUUUUUGUAAUUGGUUCAAGAGCUUGAUAAAAUGAAUAAAGAAAGAUUCAAAUAAAUAUUCAAUAGAAAUGUUAUGUUAAAAUAGAAAUAUAAAAUUAAUAUAACCAAAGAAGAGGUCUGGCUUAUUUUUUC